AUGUUUGGACAAGGACAUAGGCUUAAUCAACAAGAAGCUGAUGUAAUUAACUCCAUAUUAGACCAAGAAGAGCGCAACCUUGACGAUUAUAAUAACUCAAGUGCCACUCUUUCUUUGUUAGAUGACCAAUGCAGGCAAAUUUGGCCUAAUUGGGAUACAAUAUCACCAAGAGAUGCUCAGAAAUCAUCAAUCCCACCUCAGCGCGAAACUAUUGCACCGAAUAUUCGACCAAGUUCCAUCGCACCACAAACUUACCAACCUCCACAAAGUAAAUAUACAAAUAUACAAGCUCCUAAAGAUACCUUACCUCAAAGAGAUUACAAACCAUCUCAAUCAUCAGCCAGCACAUCAAAAUACUCAAGUGUACAGAUUUCUCCAGACAUCCCAAUUCAAAGAGACUAUAAACCCACCCAAACGACAAUCAAUACAAACAGAUACUCCAGCGUUCAAAUUCCAUCAGAUAUUCCAAUUCAGAGAGAUUAUCGACAAUCUCCUUCCCCACAAAUUACACCACCAAAACAACAAAUGUCCCGCCAACCUGUUCAGCAUAAACUUGGUUCAACAGACAAUCUAGAAUUACAAAAUAUCAAAGCUGAUAUUGAUAAUCUUUUCUCUAAGAUUCAAUCGAUAUCAUCCGGAAAUAGCUCACCAACAUCAUCUCCAAAGUUCAAUACAUCACCAAUGCCACCAAAAUCAGCUCCUCAACCCUCAGCAAAAUACGAUUUUACCUCUCCAGCUUCAAAAUCACAAUCAUCCGUAUUACAAUCACCAGCUACAGAGUUUAGGAACGCUCAUAAAGAUCCAAGCUUUACUUAUCAGCCACAAACUCAAUCAAGUUUUUCAUUCGACAUGAACUCAUCUAUUUCAGGAUAUAUGAAUGCUCCUUCAUUUGAUAGUGGUAUUAAAACGGAUAUUGAUGACUACAAACCUUCACAACCAACAUCAUCUAAAUUCCAACCACGUCCAAGCUAUACAUCAAUGGCACAAACAUCUGUUCCACAAUACCAACCACAGAAAUCACCAAUUGUUCCUCCGAAAUCUCCAAAUAAUUUCGAUAUUCCAAUUUCACCAAAACAAUAUAGCCAAAACUUACCAACAAGUAAUUAUACUAAAGAUUCUCAGAACAAUAUGUACGAUGAUUCUAUUCUUGAUGAUAAAUACAUGUCUUCAUCUAAUUUAUACGAUGCUCCUUUACCAACAUCGCAGAAAUUAAGUCAGGGAUUACCAAAACAGCCACAAGUUGCACCAGCAACAGCUUCCUCCACUCAACAGUUUGCUUCAACUAAACAAUACUCAACAAAUCAACAAUUUUCAACUGCUCAGUUCCAGACCACACAACAGUUCACAUCACAACAACAAUCGCAACAAUUUUCUGCCUCCCAGCAGCUUGGAACACCAAAGGCUUCUGUUACUCCUGCAACAUCCGAAAAUGAAGAACUUGUCAGGCUGAGAACUGAUAAUUUCAUGCUUAGAACAGAGUUAAUGAAAGUUAAGAAGCGUCUUCAGAUCGAAGAACUCGAAAGAAAGCGCUUAGAAGAUGCGCUUGAGAAAUCAGGAAAAUUAAUUGAGUAUUACAAGCAACAAAUGGGAAAAUAA